GCGGGGGGGGAGGGGGGGGGGAGCGGGCUGAGCCGCCCCGAGCCGACCCAUGUGCCUCCUGCAGCAGCUGGAGCUGAUCACGCCCUUCCAGCUCUACUUCAACCCCGAGCUCAUCUUCCGCCGCUUCCAGGUCUGGAGGCUCAUCACCAACUUCCUCUUUUUUGGGCCCCUGGGAUUCAGUUUCUUUUUCAACAUGAUCUUUCUGUACAGGUACUGCCGCAUGCUAGAGGAAGGCUCCUUCCGGGGAAGGACGGCAGACUUUGUCUUCAUGUUUCUCUUCGGGGGAUUUCUCAUGACACUCUUUGGCCUUUUUGCCAGCCUCUUCUUCCUGGGUCAGGCUUUCACCAUCAUGCUGGUGUACGUGUGGAGCCGCAGGAACCCCUACAUCCGCAUGAACUUCUUUGGGCUGCUUAACUUCCAGGCCCCCUUCCUGCCCUGGGUUCUGAUGGGCUUCUCACUGCUGCUGGGCAAUUCCAUUAUCAUUGACCUGCUGGGAAUUGCAGUGGGCCACAUCUAUUACUUCCUUGAGGACGUCUUUCCCAACCAGCCAGGAGGGAAGAAACUGCUCCUAACACCAGGCUUCCUGCACUCACCUAUCCCUACCGGUCCCUGCCAGGAAUGAAGGAUCCAAAUGACAACUAAUGCCACUUGGUCAUUUUGUACCGCUUCUUCCCCAAAGUUCUCAAAAUUCUUCAUAAACUACCCAUGACAGACUUAGCCCAAUCAUGCAUGACACUCCAUUUGCAGACAGGAAAACCCAAGCAAAGAAAUUUUAAGAGAACUGUCUGAGGUCAGGUAGAAUUAAGACUAGAAGCUGAAGUCCCAUGUCUGUCUCCCACUCUAUCUAGGAGGAAAUCUCUCUCUUCAUCACAUCAGGAUCAUUGCCUACUUCGUCUUCCCUACCAGAAGAGAUAUACACCCAUACAACCGAUUUUAAAUACCAGAUUAACAUUUGGGUUCUGUUCCUGUAUGUGGCAAAAGGACCACUGAGAAUAUGAAAACAACUUCAGAGUAUGGCAAAACAGUGCAGAAUACAUGUAUUUUGCAUAUGCCACACAUUAGAAUUGAGUGAGAAUAACCGAUGUCACCAAGUAUCAAGGUUUUCCAGCUGACCAGAUCUGUUCACACAAGCAGACAAAUCCUUGCCUAUCAACAGAUCUCCAUGUAAUGAAACCUAUUACCAUGAGCCAUGCUGAGCAAUGCAAAGUUGCAAUAGCCCUUAAAUAACAUCUUGGCUUGAUGUUAGCUCCAACAGGGUAGGUCAGCUCUUCAGAAGUACUCCCACUGAUC